AUGCCGCCCUCGGCCAAGCGCGCCCAGCGAGGCCGUCGCGAUCUGCGCCGCGAUAGAGACGCAGCAGCCGAUGCCAACACCGAUACCCACGUCGAAGAUUCGUCUCCCAGCCGCCCGGCCAAGCGACGCAGACGAGCUCGUUCUCCCGACCCCGCCGAGAGGAGCCAGCUAUCUUCGGCGCACGACGCCGAGGACCAGCCCCGAAAUGACGACCACAUCCUCUCCCAAGUAACGCAACAUCUCAAGGGCCAGGCUGUCCAGGCCGCCAAAGACCACGCCAAUGCUUUCCACGAGUACCAGGCUAACGGCGAUGGCGUAAAGGCGUACGCCAAGGUCGCCGCCCAGGACUGGACGUUCUACAUCACCAAACUUUCCGUCAAUAUAGGCCGCGCCCCCGAGGUCGGACACCCCGACGACCCCGACGAUGAGGGACACGUUCACAUCGAUCUCGGCCCUAGCAAAACCGUGUCCCGAGAGCACGCAACCAUAUCGUUUGACUCCAAGGACGAAAAGUGGCUGCUCCAUGUCAAGGGUCGCAACGGCGCAAAGGUCGACGGCGAGCCACUCAAGCCCCCGGCCGCCCAUGCCCUGACGAGCGGUCAGGUUAUCGACAUCGGUAAUGUCGAGAUGAUCUUUGUCCUGCCCUCGGAGAUAAGCCCUUUGCAUGUUCACCCCUCCUUCCUAGAGCGGUGCGGCCUGAGCCCCGAGACGUCCCAGGCACCCGCCUCACGGCGGCAACCCUUGAUCGCACCCGCUCCUCCGGACUACAAGCGCCCUGGAACGCCUCCCUCCGCGCAACGCCGUGGAGCCCCCUCCAGCGUCAAGUCUCCGGCGGUCAGCACUCCUGCCGUCAUGGUGGGAGCUAACGGCGUGGACCUCAGUCACGACGACAACCACCACAUCAAACCCCAGUUUAGCUACGCGCAAAUGAUAACGCAAGCCAUUCUCAAUGCCCCGGACGGCAAGCUCAAUUUGAACGGCAUAUACACGUACAUCAUGAACAGCUAUGCGUACUAUCGCCACCAACAAGCCGCAGGCUGGCAGAACUCCAUUCGACACAACCUCUCCCUCAACAAGUCCUUUGACAAAGUGGCACGGUCGACAGACGAGCCGGGCAAGGGAAUGAAGUGGCAGAUCGUUCCGGAGGCUAGGGAAGAAAUGAUACGAAACGCGUACAAGAUCGGCCGAGGCGGUCACCGCGGCUCCUCCGCGCCGUCCUCGCCCAACCAGCUGAACUACAUCACUCAAGGCCCGAGAGAUAUGGCGUCUAGGGAUCCCACGUCCGCUCGGAAGCGACGAGGCUCGCCGCUGGUGUCACCACCGCCAAGAUCUGCACGCAAGGCGGCGCAGUCUACUCCUGAGCGUGUGCCCGAGCGAGGCGCGGGAAGGACGUCUGCUUUAACAGCAGACGGCAGUCCACUGCCUCGGCAGAGGAAAGGUGCCUCUGGCACUGCUGCAGGGCCUGACUCGUCCUUCUCGACCUUCAACCCGCAGUCUCCCACACUGACGUCGUCGUACCUACAAGAUGAGGGCGCUUCGUUUGUCACACCCGCACCGCCCCGAAUCCACCCGAGACUGGCGCCCCCGAGCACGGCCCAGCGGCCGAGCCAGCACAUGCCGACGAGCUCACCGGCUCCGUUCUGGAAGUACGCCGACAUAGGAAGCACGCCCCUACGCCCAUCUACGCAGUACGAGCUGAGCCCCUCGAAGCUGGGCGGCGGGCUGCCUCCCCAGAGCAGCAGCCCUCCCCAGGCCAGCAAGUCUCCUCCGAGCAGCCCCUCGCGGCCGCAGAAGAGCGGCUCUCAAGAGCGAACGCAGCCCGAGGAACCAGAAGACGAAGGUUUCGACCUGACCAAGGGCUUCCAAAGCAUCGGCUCGUACCACGCCCCGGUGGGGCAAGGUGCCUCGGUCGCGAACGCGCUGAAGGGAAACUAA